AACCCGGCUACUUGUGUACGCAUAAACGGGAUGUCACAUAGUACGGAUACCAAAGGUGUGUGCACCAUUCUACCAUCUCAUCACCUUGAUGUCGACCAGAUUUACCUUGUGCUGAUUCCUGGAGACGGUUUUUAACAAGAAAAAAAUAAUUCUAUCGGAUUUAACUCACCUCAAGAAAUCUACCCCGUGACUCAAUCGCUAAGGUUUUCUUGCUACAAUUCUAAACAGUUGUUUCCGCCAAACUGCCAAAGUGGAUACGAAAUGAAACUUGUCGCGCCGACUAUCAUUGUUAACUAUAACGGCGCCAUUCAAGAGUCCGUUUGUGUGCGUCUUAGGUAUGAAAAAAAAAUGAUAUGAGCCCUUUUUCAACUUUAAAAUUUAAUUAAAUUGAACAAAAAGCCACUAUUAAGGUUUGUGUUUCAAUGCACAUGACGGACAUGACGGACAUGACGGACAUGACGGACAUGACGGACAUGACGGACAUGACGGACAUGACGGACCGGCAUUCUUUGAAGAAGUCAGUCAGUUGAACUUAAGGCCGUGAUAUCCUUAACGUGUUUGCGUUAUCCCAUAUACCCGAUAUCCCAGAUAGUCCAUAUCCCAGUUAGUAACAUUUACAUAUCUUAAUAAUGACUUAUGAUUUUGGCGUUUGCGUGUACUUAAGUCUAUGGACUUAGAUACAUUUAUAAAGCAUUGUUUUGGUUUUUAUGCAAAUAACUUUCGAUUGGGGGUCUAUGAUAGUUACCUAUAUUUUAAAAAAUUAAGUUUCUAUAUUUACAUAUUCAUCUCAUAAUACUGAAGUUUAGAGAGGGUCAGGGCGUCUUUUAUAAACGUAUGGGUUAUUGAACAUUAUAAGUUAUUGAACAUUAUAAGUUAUUGAACGUUAUAAGUUAUUGAACAUUAUAAGUUAUUGAACAUUAUAAGUUAUUGAACUUUAUAAGUUAUUGAACAUUAUAAGUUAUUGAACAUUAUAAGUUAUUGAACAUUAUAAGUUAUUGAACAUUAUAAGUUAUUGGACAUUAUAAGUUAUUGGACAUUAUAAGUUAUUUGACAUUAUAAGUUAUUGGACAUUAUAAGUUAUUGGAUAUUAUAAGUUAUUGAACAUUAUAAGUUAUUGGACAUUAUAAGUUAUUGAACAUUAUAAUUUAUUGAACAUUAUAAGUUAUUAAACAUUAUAAGUUAUUGAACUUUAUAAGUUAUUGAACGAUUGAUAAAAUAUGUAAUUUGUCAACGUGUUUCUCGUGUUUGUUAACUUCCGUAGCUCGGCGUCUUAGGCUAUCUGACCACUGCAGCCUUUGACCUCCGAUAUGGGUUUGACCUUUAGGCAACGCACAGACAAGGGCAAGCUCGUCGUCCAUCUGCUGGUGGUCACUUUCGGCAUUACGUCAUGGUCAAUACUUAACGGGCUGUGGGUGGAGCUGCCCAUUCUUGUGGCACAUCUCCCUGAGGGCUGGACACUGCCGUCCUACCUGACCAUCAUAUCACAGGUGAAUGCAUGCAUGCAUCAAUAGUAACAACCCACACAAACUAGACAUCUUUCUACUUAAGGAACUAUUGGAGGAAAAAUGUUUGAAAACUAUUUUUUGUAAAAAUUAGUAUGAUGCAUCCCACCUAUUUCAUCACAAAUACCUAAAAAUCAGCUCAAAAUGUGCGAAUUGUUUUUCUUAACGUUAGGACCGAAAGAUAUUAAAAAUAUUUUUCCCGUAUCUAUAAGAAUUUACCAGCCAACCCCCCCCCCUCCCAUAGCGGUCACCACAUUUAAAAGAUAACUAAUUAAGUCAUUAUGGUCACCAUAAGAGUUCAUUAAAAAAAGCUGAUUUCUACGCUAAAGAAAUACUUUAGAUGUCUUGUGUUUAAAUUGUUAUAAUUCUGAACUGUCUCGGUUAAAAUAUGUAUUUAUUUAUGUGGCUGAAAAUGAAUAUCUACAAUGUAAUGAAAAAAAAAUAAUUUCCAUUUAUUUGGAUCAAUAAAGAAUCUUAUGGUAUCUCGUCACCAAAUAUGUAUAGCAGGUUUAUCACAUUUUGAUGUGAUUAUUAAGUUUGUUCACUAAUGGCGCCCUAGGGAGUCCAUUCAUGCCAGCUGAUCUUUUCCACUGGUUCAAUCUCAUGAUGUUGUUUUCUGUCAAUUCAUUGUGUUCCCUUGCUUCGCAUUGAGAAGGCCUCUCAAAGUGUUCUAUUCUGUCACAUCAAUGUGUCCCUUCUUGACAUACUGCGACUGCCUAGCAUGGUGUUCCCUACUUUCACAUCAUCGUGUCCCGACUCUCUUCACAUUAAGCGGGUCUCUCAUGGUGUCCCCCUCCUUUGACAUCAUUGUGUUCCCUAAUAUCACAAUGAUCACAUCAUUGUGUUCCCUCCUUUCACAGGAUUGUGUCUACUCUAGUCACAUUAAUCUGGACUUUAAUAGUUUUCCGUACUAUCCCAUCGUUGUUCCCCUCCUCUCUCCCAUCAUUGUGUCUCCUACUGUCACAUCAUUCUAUUCCCUCCGGUCACAUCAUUGUGUCUCCUCCUGUCACAUCACUGCGUCUCUUCCUGUCACAUCAUUGUGUCCCCCUUCAAGUCACAUCAAUGUGUCUUCUCCUUUCACAUUACUGUUUCCUCUUUUGUCACACGAUUGUGUCUCACAAUGUCACAUCACUGUGUCCCCUACUGUCACAUCACUGUGUCCCCUACUGUCACAUCAUUCAACUCUCUCUGGUCACAUCAUUGUGUCCCCUCCUGUCACAUGACUGCGUCUCCUCCUGUCACAUCAUUGUGUGCCCUCCUAUCACAAGAUUGCGUCUCCUCCUGUCACAUCAUUGUGUCCCCUCCUGUGACAUGACUGCGUCUCCUCCUGUCACAUCAUUGUGUCCCCUCCUGUCACAUGACUGCGUCUCCUCCUGUCGCAUCAUUGUAUCCCCUCCUGUCACAUGACUGCGUCUCCUCCUGUCACAUCAUUGUAUCCCCUCCUGUCGCAUGACUGCGUCUCCUCCUGUCACAUCAUUGUGUCCCCUUUCAGUCACAUCGCUGCUCCUGUGUCCCCUCGUCACAGAAGCACCUACUCUACCCGAUCAAUGCAUAGCCCGGAAUGAAAAAACAAACAUCAGCAUUUGUUAUCAGUGCAACCACUUGAACACUAUUUACGCUAUGUCACCGUAGGCCUGUACCUGUGCAGCAGCCAGUAGCUACAUGUGACAUGCAUGGGCGUCUCUUCUGUGGCUUUUCGUAGGCACUCUUAUUGUGGUUUAGCUCUUUUAUAUAAUGUGUUCUUGCAGAUAGGUCGGAACAACGGCUUAUAUUUGCUACAUUUACUCCAGCAUGAAAUCUGUUACGUUCACUGUACCGUGAGGGGUUCUUUUUAAUAAGAGAACUUAUGCACGUUACAAUGGCUGGUUCCUUCAUGUAGGAUAGAGGAAUUAUUCAAAGAUGGCCGUUCUCGACCAGCAGGCGUCAAAUUUUUAUCUAGAUCAGUGGUUCUCAACCUUCCAAAUGCCGCGAUACUUUAAUACAGCUCGUCAUGUUGUGGUGACCCCCAACCAUAAAAUUAUUCUCGUUGCUACUUCAUAAAUAUGUGUUUUCCGAUGGUCUUAGGUGACCCCUGUGUAAGGGUCGUUCGUAAACCCCCCCCUGGGGUCGUGACAAAUUCGUUGAGAACCACUGAUCUAGAGAGUAUCGUUAUUUAGGUGUACUGUGAGCGUAUGUAAUGUUUGUCUUGUUUAGAUGAUUAAUUGUUAUGCUCUUCUAUUGAAUGAUGAUAUCAGACAAAUAGUACUUUUGAAACCAAUGUUAAUCAAUGAUAGCAGUAUUAAUUUUGUCACGUGACAUUCUUCAAUUAUAUAAUAGAGUACUCCUUAGCUUUUGAUGUCACUUUUUGGUGGGGGUGGUAGUUGAGAGGGGUGAGGGUGUGGUCAUUUUUCCGCAAAAAAAAUAUUUUAACAAAAUUAAGGAGACAUACGCUUUUUACAAUUUUUGGAGAGGGGUUUGGGGGGGGGGGGUUGGGGGGGGGGUAGGGGUGGGGUUGGGGGGGUGGGGGUAAGGCUGUGUAAGCAAACAGACUCAAAAUGAGUCUUAACUGCACACUGUAGGAACAAAAUUAAGGAGACAUACGCUUUUUACAAUUUUUGGAGAGGGGUUUGGGGGGGGGGGGGUUGGGGGGGGGGGAGGGGGGGGGUUGGGGGGUGGGGGUUAAGGCUGUGUAAGCAAACAGACUCAAAAUGAGUCUUAACUGCACACUGUAGGAAAGCUAUUCCUAAAAAGACACCGCUUUUUGCAAUUAUUUAAAUCAGGCUAAUUACUUAAGCCAAAUAAUCUAGCUUGAGCCGAUAUUCUAGUAGAUAGUGGAGAAUUAAAAGUUUAUGAAAAGUAUUUAGGAUAAAAGUUACAUAAAAUUGCUUAAGAAAUGUUUUUUAAUAUGAAUUUUUUUUAGUCUAGUUGUGUAGAAAAGAAAGAACAACUCUGCUUCAGGCGACAAUGUCUGAUGCCCCGUUUAUCUCCCUUAUUAUACCUCACUUUUGUUUGACCAGCUCUGUGCAUCUAUCUUCAGCUUGGUAAUGUUGGGCCCAUAGCCUUCAGUUUUCUGGUGUAUUUGACCCCGAACCGGAAGUUGGAAACUCCAGCAUGUAUUGUCAUCGUGACGGUUCUCACCUUGUGCGCCUUGCUGUACUCCUUCUUCUGGUCUCAAACGGCCAUUGUUGCCGGACAGGACUUCAGGUUAAUAUGUUGUGAUUUCGUGAUUUCCAUCUAAAUUGGACUUUGUUUGAAAAUCUUUUUAAUUAACUUUUAGAUUUUCAUCUUGGAAUCUCAUGUAUUUAAACAAGCACGUGCUCAAGGGUGAAAUAAAAUAUCCCCCAAAAAGUUUUAAAAUCCGAAUCACAUAAUCUCAAGCUUCUUAUCUCAAGCACAUAAUCUCAAGCUUCUUAUCUCAAGCACAAAAUCUCAAGCUUCUUAUCUCAAGCACAUAAUCUCAAGCUUCUUAUCUCAAGCACAUAAUCUCAAACUUCUUACCUCAAGCACAUAAUCUCAAGCUUCUUAUCUCAAGCACAAAAUCUCAAGCUUCUUAUCUCAAGCACAUAAUCUCAAGCUUCUUAUCUCAAGCACAUAAUCUCAAGCUUCUUAUCUCAAGCACAUAAUCUCAAGCUUCUUAUCUCAAGCACAUAAUCUAAAGCAAAAUGUCUCAAACACAUAAUGGACAUAUUUAAACAGGCAUCGUCAAUUUGAAUUUUAAAAAAAAAAAAUUAUUUUAAAAUAAUUUUUAAGUCACGUUUCUUUAUCUUUGGUUCCCCCCCCCCCCCCCCCACAUACGCACCAUCAGUGUCGCCCUACUCAGCCUGACCUUUUGUCAAGCCGUGUUUGCCGCCACCACGUCUAUCGCUUACCUGGCGUUCAUGGCCCACCUAAGGGCUCAGUACAUGGGCAGCAUCUUCAUCGGAAUGUCCCUCAGUGGUCUCAUCCCGGCAUUCGCUGCCAUCGGCCAGGGGUCCGGUGACGUGCGGUCAGUACUGGUGAAUAUAUUAUGACGUAUGUCUGUAGUGGUCGGAUGUCUGCGCAUUGCGAGGUCUUUACCAGUGAAUCGAAGUUUGUGUCUGUCAAAUGGCUGAGUUUUUUUUUUUUUUCUAGGGUCAUUACACGUGAAUCUGUUUGUCUUGAACAAAUGUCUGAUUUUGUAAACUGAGAAUUCACGACUGCAGGUAACUUCGUCAAUCCGAGGUGUUACAACAUUCAGUUAGCUGAUGUCCUUAACUUGUUAUUGCGGGUUGUUGUGGAGCAUGAGAGUAGUAGCAUUCUAGGUAUAUCUACUUAUACUGCUGUGUGACCAGUUUUCCUCAGCGAAAAUUGAAUAAUUGAUACAAUAACAGAAAAGUUGCUAUUCAAAAAAAAAAUGUAAAUUAUAUUUGAAACAAUGUUACAGGUGUGUUACAAAUGUCUCGAUCCACAAUAAUGCCACACCAGGGUUGGCAACGAUUUUCCCUGUCGACACAACCUUGAGGGAUGGAGAAUUUGAUUACAUGUGUAAGUAAAACUAAAGUAGUAGGGACACAAUUACUGUUAAGAGGGGAAAAAAAAACGUUUCAGGGGUAGCUAAGACGACCAUUUUUUUUACCAGGAAAAAAACAACAACAACACAAAAACAACGAACAACUUUAUUAUUAUGAUUUUUUUAAAAAAAAUAUAAAACGGUAAAUUUUAAACAAAUAAAUUCUGGAAAGUAUUGGGGCUAUUCAAUCUAUUUAUGCUUAGAUUUCAAUAAGUAACUUUAGGUAGACGUUUACAAAGUCAGUCUCAGAAAAGAAUUUCUUCUUUAUGAGAACUAACUUGAGGUCAGUCUCCUGCUUAGUUCAUCCAGGCUUCACGACCUUUUCCAACACACCUUAGUUGAAACAAUUUACUUAACGGGCCGAACAAUAAAACAACACUGUCUUGCAUUUAUUUAAAAGAUUUAAUCCAAUCUUUUAAAAAAUAUUGUAAAAAAAAUUUAAAAUGCAACAUAUUUUUAAUUAAAAAUUCAAUUGUGCCCAAAUACUUGCGACACCUUACACAAUAAAUAAGAGUUCACAGGAGACUACUCCUAUAUUUUGUUUGAAAAUGUUUUACGCACUGAUCUCCCUUUGACUUCCACCUUCUCUUCCUUAGCGCCCUUCAACUGGACGACACGCUUCACUCCUAAUGUCACGUCAAGUGAAUUGCCAGAAGCCGGGAGAAGUAACGGACCGUUGUACGACGUCAACACCACCAACACAAUACGCGGGACCUCUGUUCAGGCUUACAACGUGGAGCCUGUGUUCUCCGUGCAGGGCUUCUUCCUGCUGCUGACCGCCCUGGGCGCCCUGUCCUUCUUCUCGCUGCUGAUGUUGCUGUGCCACCCGUACUGUACAGCUGAACACGUCGACUCGGACCAGGAGGAAAAUUGUCAGUUGAUGACACGUGACAGGUACCUAAAAUAAGCCAGUUCGCAACCUGUAAAGGUAAAAUAAUAAAAAAAUAAUAACAACGUUAUUUUAAAAUCAAGUUGUGUGUUAAUCUAAGCGUUGACGUUUAAUGUUUACGUUAAACAAUAAUUUGAAAAUCGGUUCAUAAAUGAACUUUGACUGAAAAAAUUAUUAUCAGACAUUUAUAACGUAUGAUAAAUUAUUAUUAGCACUCAGAAAUAAUUAUAAUCAAAACAGUUGUGGGCAUUGACGACAAAAGAAUAUACGUUCAUCUAUUAUCAAAAAAUUAUUUAUGUAUAAUUUUUAAAAAACAACAACAACUGGCAUAUCAGAGUGCAGGUAACACAUUGAUCACCAAUUUUAUUGAUAACAAGAACAUGGCGACUGAUUGUUCUAUUCCUGUCUUGUUUACUCAAAAGCAAACAGCAAACCCUCACAAAAGCACAAGCAGAGGACGAACCAUCAACACCCAGCUGCGUGCUUUACAACGACAGCAACAUACAGCUCAGUACGAACUCAGGUGUUCCCAACAGUGGCAACAUGCCAAAAAUAUCAUCUGCUACGAAAGACAGCCUUUCACCGGUUGUUGACGAUGCCCUGUUAGAAUCGCCAGUACUGUAUCCUGUGCUUUCAACAAAACCCACGGAACCAGAGUCUUCCGACUCAUCACGGGACCCUUUGAAACCUGAGUCUAAUUCUUUAGGUGUUGAGACCACGGUCGCUUUUCAAAGUUCGCCCACAAAAAGUUCGCGAGUUGAUGAAAACAAUGUUAGCUUGCACGCAGGAGAUACUCAAAGUUUGAAGCCUGCUGACGAUGAGCUCAACGGAAGUGGUAACGACGUUGAGAGCGAACACCGAGGGACAACUGCGUCGUCGAAAUUAGAGUUGUGGUUCCUGCUGGGGCUGUUGGUUUGGAUCAACGUCAUCCAAACGAGCUUCGUCCUGGCCAUCCAAGUCUACUCAAGUCUACCCUACGGCUUGUUUUACUACAACGGUGUAGCCAAGGUGCGCACAUUCUCUAUUUUUUACACCCCGGUUUUGGUUAAAAGUUUGUGGGUUAUUACGAGACAAAGUUUAUUGUUUUCAAGAGCGGCGUAUUUCGGCAAUUCUUAUGGCGAAGUGUUUAUUUUCCGGUGAAAGUUUAUAAUUGUGUCGCAAGAUUUAAAGAGAAUAACAUGAGUUAAAUGUUUCUUUCGGGUAUCUGACCAAUAAAAAAAUGGGAACCCAUAAUCCAUUUAAACAAUGCACAUUUUGCAUGGACGCUGGUCAUCAUGGCAGUACAGCAUUUUAACGGUAUGUCCUAGAAUUCAAACAACGAGUCCAAGUCGUGCUUAGGACGCAACAGGUUAUUCCUGUACCACAGUUAUUCAAAAUUUUAAAGACACUUAUUUUCACACUGUUCCUUUCCACAUGGCCAUUAUGACUUCAAGAUUACCCCCAAAUGAUUCAAUGCGUCGUACUAAAAUACAAUUUGUAUCCGAUAUAGCAUGACUGAAUCGAUAAUACAUGUCUCAAAACUGACGUAUAUUAACAGCUCAUGGUAUAAGAAACAUAAACGACACAUUUUUUUGUUCCCUUCAGGAUUCCCAUUUUACUGGGUUUUUUUUUUUUACAUCUCAAAUUCAAAGGCUAUAAAGGUUGGUGGGUCAACUGUCCAUUUAAGAGAUCGCUAACCCAUUCACUUCCUUCCCCAUCUUUGUCAUGACAUCUCCCAUUAUCACGUGUCUUAUGUGAUGCGAUGACAUCAUGCCAUCUUUCCCCAGGCCGAGAACAUCGUUGACCCCGUCGCUUGUUUCCUCACAAUGUGGAUGACGACCAAAUCGACGAGGGUCAUUUCCGGUUUGACGUUGCUGGGGACGCUCUUCAGCGCGUACAUCAUCGCCCUGGCGGCCAUGAGUCCGAGUCCGAUCUUGGUACAUCACACAGCCGGAGGAAUACUUGUGGUCAGUUUAUGAUGGCUAUGUGACACGCCUUCCUUACUCUUGUCUUGCCUUGAUGACGCGCCCCUGGCUGAGCUCGGGUGCCACAUUAAAUACAUUCCAUAAAAGACAACACUAUUGAUCUAACAUCUCAAGUUGAGCACGUUCAAGACACUGAUGUAUAUGUUACAGGCCAAGUGUGAGAUAUGGCAUGGUAGAGCGUGCCUAGUUUUGUAAAUAAUGUUUAAUGUAUUGAAUAUAUUUACUAUCAUUAUAAGACAUUCGAUACAAUGCCUGCAUUUCAAACUACGCUUUAACAUACGGACAAAAAAUACUACAAACCGUCUAAAGAUAAACCUUAAAAAUGUAAACUUAAUACAUUUGUAUUAAACCAUAAGAUCUUAAUAUAUACCCAGAGCCCCGGUUAACCAAUGUCAUUAAAAUUAAUUUAAUUUACUAAAAGUUGUUAAUGUUUAAUUAAUAUUCAAAUACAUUAUAAUACAAUGUCACCAAGAAAGGCCAUUGGACAUAUUAUUGUUACACUGUCACUUACAUACACUAUUAAACAUAUUACAGUUUCAACAUAACUCAAAUAGAUCAUUUCACAUAAAACAUAUACAAAGUGACUCCCACAAACCAUUGAACAUGUUACAGAUACAACAUAACUCACAUAGAUAAUUGAACAUAUUCUACACACUAAUGUGACUCACAUUGACCAUUGAACCUGUUACAGAUAGUGGCGUGGGUCAUCAGCACCAUGAUCAACAUCUUCACCAAGGUCACCAUCGCCAGCGUCAUGAGGGGUCAUGGCCGAAUCUCCCUCAUGUGGGCGGGGGGCAGCACUCAGCUGGGCGCUCUGAUUGGAGCGAUUCUUGCCUAUGUCAUGGUCAACCAGCUUCAUUUGUUCAAAGACAGCCCCUGGUGUGCAUAGAUCUCAAGAGCAGCAGGGGUUCUCAGUCGAUCUUUAUUAGGCCGAUGUUUUUCUAUCAGCACCAUGUUAAAGUGACUCCAUCUUAAAACUGGUGAAUUGUGCAUCACUAAUUUGAAAGUCACAUAUGACGUUAUACUCUAUAAAUGAAUAUUAAAUAUAAAUAUUUUUUCUUUACUUGUUUUAAAUUUAAAUCUUGCCGCUGCUCUUGUUUAUGAGCCUUUAAAAUUAAAAAUGUGACCUCAUUAUAAUUUAUAACAAAAAAUGUGGUCUUUAUUAUAGCCUGUUAUAAAAAAAAUGUGGUCUUUAUUAUAAUUUGUAUUAAAAUGCUGUCUUUAGCAGU